CUUUUGUAUCUAAAUUGUGCAAUUUAGUAUAAAAGGUGCUAGUUUUAAAAUAGAACUGAUAGUAAAACACAGUAGCAUGGUGCACAUCCUGAAUUAAGAUAAAUCUGUAUUACCAUAUCCGUAUCCCUGCUUAUUUAAAAUAUAUUGUCUUGGAAAAGUAAGUUUUACUUGGAAAGAGAAUGGGUAUGUAGAGGAUAUUUUGUGACUAAGGAUGCAAAUUUAGUGACAUUAAUUGGAAAAAGUUUAUUUUGGAAGGCCUUUUUUUGUUUUGUUUUGUUUUGUUAUUUGCUUUUGAGAUAGGUUCUGUCACCCAGGCUGGAGUGCAGUGGUGCAAUCAUGGCUCACUGCAGCCUUAACCUCCCCAGCUCAAGCGAUCCUCCCACCUCAGCCUCCUAAGUAGGUGGGACCAUCAACAUGUGCCACCACACCUGGCUUUUUUUUUUUUUUUGAGAUGGAGUUUUGGCUCUUGUCGCCCAGGCUGAAGUGCAAUGGCGUGAUCUUGGCUCACUGCAGCCACCACCUCCUGGAUUCAAGCGAUUCUCCCAACUCAGCCUCCCGAGUAGCUGGGAUUAUAGGCACCCACCACCAUGCCCAGCUAAUUUUUGUAUUUUUGGUAGAGACAGGGUUUCUCCAUGUUGGCCAGGCUGGUCUUGAAUUUCUGACCUCAGGUGAUCUUCCCACCUCAGCCUCCCAAACUGUUGGGAUUACAGGCAUGAACCAUAGCUCUCGGCCAGUUUUUUAAAAUUUUUUUUGGAGAGAUAAGGUCUCCCUAUGUUGACUAGGCUGGUCUUGGAACUAGGCUCAAGUGAUUCUCCCACGUUGCCUCCCAUUGUGUUAGGGUUACAGAUGUGAGCCACUGUGCCUGGCCUGAAAGGCCUUUUUGGAAACAGGUUCAGAAAAUGUUUCAACAUUUAGUUUCUGAACAUUUAAAAAUAAACCAUUGAGAAUUUAUUUUUCCCCAUUACAUUUAACAGUUUGCCUUUGUGUCUUGUUUUAACAAGGUAAAAUUAUUGGCAGGUAAUGAAACUUAAUUAUUUUGGCAGGUAUCUCAAACCUACCUUCCAGAUUUUGAUGAGAGUCCACGUGAAUUUACUUGUGGAAUAUAUUCUAUACUUCUAUCAACUCUGGUGAUUAGGUUGUCUAAUUUUCUACAUAAAGGCAAGUCAAACUUCUUGAGUCACUCUGGGUGUUCUUACCUCAUCAAGAUAUCAAAACAGUUCUUAAUUAGGUUUUGUGGUAUUAAGUAUUGACUGAUAACCAAGGAAGAAACUGACUUUCAAGGUGUCUGGUACCAACAAUCUUGGCUAAGUUUUUAAUGAUAAUAGUAUCUGGUCAGCCACACAUACAAAUGUAUGUACAUACAUAUAUAAAUAUAUACGUAGGAAACUAAAGAGGGAAAUAAAUCAUCUUAGUCAAGUAGUAGACCUAGAUCUUUAAAUUAAAAUUUGAGGACAUAAAACGCUCUUAAUUUUUCACACUAGUGUCUUAUUCAUAUGGCUUUCUCUUUUUUUGAGAUGGAGUUUCCCUCUUGUUGCCCAGGCUUUAGUGCAAUGGCUCGAUCUUUGCUCGUUGCAACCUCCACCUCCUGGGUUUAAGUGAUUACCCUGCCUCAGCCUCCCUAAUAGCUGAAGUUACAUGCAUGCAACACCAUGACUGGCUAAUUUUUUGUAUUUUUUAGUUUAGACGGGGUUUAUCCAUGUUGGUCAGGCUGGUCUCGAACUCCCAACCUCAGGCGAUCUGCCUGCCUCGUCCUCCCAAAGGGCUGGGAUUACAGGCGUGAGCCACUGUCCUUGGCCUUGGCUUUCCCAUUCUAACAAGCAUGAUCUGGCUUGUAUAUUCAUUUUCCACAUAGUAAGAAAGGGGUUGCUGAAAUAAAAUGCUCUAUGUGCAUUAAUACAGUUUUCUUAUUUCAACAACUUAGAUAAUUGCUCUUUUUUCCGGAGUUCAGAUGAGAAACUGAAAAUCUAUUAGUCAUUGGGGCAUUUAAUGGAAGCAGUUACGUACAAACAUUUAACCUCUCUGAGCCGGAGUUUCCCUGUAAAAAGAUAAUAAAUUUUUCCAGCUGUCAACAUAUCCUAUGAAUAGGAUCCAUAGGAUCCUGUUGUUUUUUUUUUUUUUUUUAAUUCUGCCUAGAGGACCUUUUUGCCUUCAUUCAUGCUUUUAUAUGGAGGUUUAUUUGAACAAAAGAAUAAAUGUUACUUUAAAAGGUAGACUUAAUUCACCCUGUAAUACCUUAAAUGUAUGAACAUUUCAGUACAUUAUUUUUGUGAUAGCUCUUUGAGGGAAAAACAGGGUAAUGUGACUAUUAAAGUUGAAGCUAUCACUGAAGCCCUUACAUUCUGAGGAAGGAAACUAUCAAGCUGUCAUUAGUCCACAAAGCAUUAUUCCAAGUUAUUCCCAAAUUCCCUAAAUUACCAUGUUAAUGCACAAGUUGGGAGUUAACCAGAACCAAAUAGAUGGAUCUACUUUUGUGGUGGUAACUACAUUUUAAAAAGUUUUGGAAUAAGUGUUCAGUUAUUCUGUUUCUUAGUUUGAAAUUCCAGUCAAAAUUCUCAAUGCUAGUCGAUGAAUGAACCUGAUAAGGAAAUACAAGACAGUCUAGCUGCUAAACCAAUCUUCUAAAUCUUACUUAUGUUAAUAAUUGUUAUCUAACAAUUAGAGGACCACCAUAUUGCCCAAAAUAGCAUUGGUGGUGUGAGUACCAGUGACUCCCCAAGUGUCUUAGACUGAAAGCCCAAAUAUUUAAUUAUCAAUAAACUACUUUAUUGCACCUUUUCUAAAAGUGAGCUUGGUGGUUUUGGAAUGAUACCUCUUUUAAGUCGGUUUUCCUCCCCGCCCCCGAUUUUUUUUUUUCAAGACAGUCUUGCUCUGUUGCCCCCAGGCUGCAGUGCAGUAGUGCAAUCUCUGCUCACUGCAAUCUACGCCUCCUGGGUUCAGGUGAUUCUCCCAUCUCAGUCUCCCAAGUAGCUGGGAUUAUAGGCACCGCCACCAUGCCUGGCUAAUUUUUUGUAUUUUAAAUAGAGUCUGGGUUUCGCCACAUUGGCCAGGCUGGUCUUGAACUCCCACUUCAGGUGGCCUCCCAAAGUUCGGGGAUUACAGGCGUGAGCCACUGCGCCUGGCCUCCCCUCUCUUUUUAAGAGUUCUUCACGGGAUACCAGUGUCCCCAUAUGAAAUUUCUGUAUUUUAAAGAUGUGUAACCUCCAUGGCAUUUACUACAUUUACUUAACCUUCUUUAAAAAUCUCGGCACUUUGCCAGGUUGUCUCAUCUUCCAUCCUUACCUGUUGUUUCCUUGAUCACAUCUACAUUACAGCACCGAAUCACAUCUGUGUGGACUCCUGUUUUAGUGUCAGGGCUUCCUUGAUCUCUGUUAAGUACAGUUCUGCAUUUCAGCUGUCUGCUGUACACAUUCAAGUGCUACUCUCCAUCAGCAAUUGUCUCAUUAAUUUCUCAUAUCACAUCCAGUCACAUUUUGAUAAUUUACUUGAAGAGGCCUGAAAUGUCCCCUCUAUCCAAGUUCUAUUAGUCCUUUAGGAAGUUCAGAUCUGGCAUAACUCCUUAUAAAUAAGUUAAAGUUUUAAAUGGCACAUUUAAUUUUAAUGGUUCUCUAUAUCUAGCUCCAGAGUCUACAACAGUAUUGUCGAAUAGAAAUGAAAGCCACAUAUGUAAUUUAUUUAAAGUUUUAUGGUUUGGCCCCUGUUAAUCCUUCUAGUGUUAUCUUCCAUUAAUAAUGUCUCUAAAGAAACUGCCUGCCUUAUGUUUCUUUGGCUCAUCUCACAGUUUCUCAUGUCUUGAAUUCUGGCCCAUUUUCUUCAACCAAAAUAUGUUAAAAUUAUCUUACUAUAGGCUCAUUAAAACCACAAACAUCAGCCAGGUGCAGUGGCUCAUGCUUAUAAUUCCAGUACUUUGGGAGGCUGAGGUGGGUGGAUCACCUGAGGUUAGGAGUUCGAGACCAGGCUGACCAUCUUUACUAAAAAUUCAAAAAUUAGUGACAUGUGACUGUAGUCCCAGCUACUCGGGAGGCUGACAGAAUUGCUUGAACCUGGGAGACAGGUUUCAGUAAGCUGAGAUUGUGCUACUAUUGCAAUCAAGCCUGGGUGACAGAGCAACAAGACUCCAUCUCAAAAAAAAAAAAAAAAAAAUCCAACAUUGUAUCCCUGAGGAACAAGUACAGAUUGGAGAACAUCAAGAUAAAAGUCUUCACUUUGCCUUCUGGGGACAAAUAAGGCUAUUAGCUGAUUUUUCUUUCGUUUUUUUGAAAUGGAGUCUUGCUUUGUCACCCAGGCCGGAGUGCAGUGGUGCGAUCUCUGCUGACUGCAACCUUUGCCUCCCGGGUUCAAGGGUUUCUCCAGCCUCAGCUUCCAGUUCCAGGCAUGUGCCACCAUACCCAACUAAUUUUUGUAUUUUUAAGUAGAGACAGGGUUUUGCCAUGUUGGCCAGGUUGGUCCCAAAACUCCUGGCCUCAGGUGAUCUGCCAGCUUCGGCCUCCCAAUGUGCUGGGAUCACAGGCAUGUGCCACUGCACCCAGCUUUCUUUUAUUAAUAAGUGCUAUAGGUUUGUGAUACAAAAAGUUUAUCAACCUCUGUUUAAAGGUAACUUGAGGAGCAAAAGUUUAGUUUUAUUGUUCAUUUUUUUUGAGACAGGUCUUGGCUCUGUCACCCAGGCUGGGUUGAAGUGGAGCCAUCUUGGCUCACUGCAGCCUGAACUUCUGGGGCUCAAGGGAUUCUCCCACCUCAGCCUGAGACCACAGGUGUGUUCUACCACGCUCGGCUAAUUUUUAUUUAUUUAUUUAUUUAUUUUUGAGACAGUCUUGCUCUGUCAUCCCGGCUGGAAUAUAGUGGCAUGAUCUCAGCUCACUGCAACCUCCGCCUCCUGAGUUCAAGUGAUUCCCCUGCAUCAGCCUCCUGAGUAGCUGGGACUAUAGGCAUGCGCCACCACACCUGGCUGGUUUUUAUAUUUUUAGUAGAGACGGGGUUUUACCAUGUUGCCCAGGCCGGUCUCAAACUCCUGACCUCGAUUGAUCUGCCUCUCUUAGCCUCCCAAAGUGCUGGAUUACAGACAUGUGUCACUGUGCCUGGCCCCUAAUUUUUUUUUUUUUUUUUGUAGAGGUUUCACCAUGUUGCCUAGGCUGAAAGCCACAGCUUUUUUUUUGUUUUUGUUUUUGAGACAGUUUCGCUGUUGUUACCCAGACUGGAGUGCAAUGGCACGAUCUUGGCUCACCGCAACCUCCACCUUCUGGGUUCAAGCAAUUCUCCUGCCUCUCAGCCUCCUGAGUAGCUGGGACUACAGGCGCACACCACCAUGCCCAGCUAAUUUUUGUAUUUUUAGUAGAGACGGGGUUUCACCUUGUUGACCAGGAUGGUCUUGAUCUCUUGACCUCUUGAUCCACCUGCCUUGGCCUCCCAAAGUGCUGCGAUUAUAGGCGUGAGCCACCGCGCCCGGCGGAAAGCCACAGUUUUAAAACAUCUGACACCAUUCGAAAAUCUGCUACUUCUAUGCUUUGCAAUAGCAGGAACCUUCAGAAUCAUUUAAAUUACUGCUACCCUUACAGUUUAUUUUUUGGCAGUGUGUAUGCGGUAAUUACAAUCUUCUUUCCUCCAUGAUGGUAAAGGAUAGUUUCAUAUGUUGCUUUACAUGGUAGAAAAUACGAUGGAAUUUGGCAGAGGUUUAAACCAAUUUAAAAAUAAUCGUGUUAAUAUUUGAAAACUCAGUACUUGCAAGGGACUGUUUACAUAGGGAUAAUGGUCAUACGUGUCUUAACUCUGAAGCUACUUAAGUGCCCCACAAAAAUUGCUCUAGUUCUGCUAUCAGUGUUUCUGUGAGUAUUCUUAAAGUUUUCUUUUUAGCCACAGGAAAUAAAGAUCUGAAAAUUGAUGUUUUAAAAUAUGUUUUUUUUUUUAACUAAAAAUAGAAGCUAUAGAACUGUUCUCUGAACAUCUGGGGACAGCAGAGUUCUUCAUUGUCUUGAGUACUUAAGGAUACAUCUUAAAUUGUUUCACAAAAUUGAAGCGUAUAGGCCAUAAUGCUAAAAAUUUAGACUGUUUUAGAAUCUUGUGUUCAUGUGAGUUAAAGAAACCAAAAUUCAAAUGGUACCUGUCUGAAUAUGUAGGGGAAACUUACCAAUAAAAAUUUUUCAAUAAAAUUUUCAAAAUUAUGAUUCAAGAUUUAUACUUAGAUAUAUUAUAUUGAGUUUAUUUUCUGGAGUCAGCUUGCCAAGAGGAAAAGUUUAUUUUUAGUCAAGAUAAAAAUUGAUUUUAAUUAUUUGGUGGUAAUAACCCUUACUAGAAGAAUACGAGCUGAAGUACCUAUAUUAAUGAUUCUCACAGUUCCAAUUUGCAUGAUGGUUUCUAGGACAACUUCAAAGAGCUUUAAUUUUUAUGUUUUGAGAAAUAGCUUGUGAGAGGUAAGAAUGAAUGCAAAGUUUUUCCAAAAUAUUUUCUGAAGUUAGUUGAAAUCUACUUAAACAUUUGAAAUGAAAGAGUUACCUUUUUUAAAUGAAAGUAAACCACUAUCUGUAGUUGAGAAAUAAGAUGGAGUGUUUUACUUAUUUAAGGAGUAAUUUAAAAAGUAAACAAAAGCAUUGGCCUACAAGAGAAUGGUGGUGGUGGAUUGUAAAGUGCCUUCUCCAAUCUUUAAUAUUCACCAACAGGUGAGUAUAUUUUCAGUUUCCAAGCAGUUAUUAAUUUACAUUUUCUGAAAUUAUGGCUAGCUUCCUGCUUCUCCAAAAGUGAGUCUUAAAAGGAUGGCUAUUUCAUCCUAAUUUAGAAAAAAGAUGACAAAUAUGAAGUGCUUAAUUUUUUUGGUACUAAGAUAAUGAAACCAUCCAGAAUUUUAUGAUCAAAACAUGGCAUUUACCCAGGGAGUAUCUGUAGUUGAGCCAUUGGCUGUAUAACAUUGUUUGUUCUUUGUAUCUUCCUCCAGUGGAGGUUUUUCUCUCAUGGCCAUAAAAAUAAAAGAGGGUUAAAUGUGCAAAUAAUAACUGCAUUUUAAACAUCUCAGUCCGUCCACUCAUAAUAAUUAUUUAACGUUCUUCCUUGAAUUACAUAUUUUCUAUUGUAAUAAGUUCCUAUUUUGAAAACCAAGGAAGUGAACCUGAACAUUUUUUGAAGAAGGCAGUUUAAUGGCCUCUUUAACAGGUUUUUAUCAACAGGUUGAUACAUAGGUUGUGGGGAGGAGAGCGUGUUAUGAAAUGUAAAAUUAAGGCUGUGAAAAUAACAUUAGGGUUGCCACAAAAGGUGAAAUAAACCUUGAUCAAGGGAAAAAACAGCUUUGAAAAUGUGUCAUGUGACAGGAGCCAUCUGUGAGGGAGGGAAUGAAAUGGCUCCCAGGGGUAGUAUAUCCAUCCUCUUCUCGAUAUACUUGUGCCAUAGCAGUAAUGACCCUCAACAUGUUAAAAUGUGGUUUACAUUCAGGGUCAUCAGAGUUUAGGCCUAAUUUCUGCAAUUCAGGUAUUCAGCAUUACUUUGCAAAAUUCUUGUAUGAACAUAAAAAACAUUUUGCUGAUGUGGUCGGGAGAAUCAGGUUAAAUUAAGUGGAAUCAUUUUGGAUACUUUGCCUAGUAUUGCAUGAUUUCUGAAAAUUACAAGUGAAAGCAGAGAUAAGUCGUAUUCUUUGCUCACAUUAUUUCCCACAGGCCUUUCCAGAUCCUCAUAGUUAAAAAUUUCCCUGUCAUUAAAAACAAACGAUAACAGCCUUUAUGUAUAAAUCUGCUGCCCUUUAUAACAUUUUAUGUGACUUGUUUCACUAGAUUGUAAGCCUUUGGAGGUCAGAAAAAAAAAUGCAUCUAAAUUAAUUGUACCGCCACCACAUCUAGGACAGUGCCUUACACUUAUUUGCUAUUCAAUAAAUAUAUUCAUUAAAAUAAUGGACAUACUACUGGAUUGCAAUUUAAUGUCUGAGCCCUUUAAACAAAUGCAUUAUCAAACUUUAAACUUUCUAUAGUUUGUCCAUGUACACCUGGCACGUGUGACGUUUGUAGCAUUUAUAAACAAUUUACAUAUUUCAUUGUACUGAAUCUCCAAGGCUAGCAGUCUAUAACAGCACUGACUAGUAGAAAUAUAAUGCAGGGUACAUAUGUAUUUUCAAGGUUUCUAGCUACAUUAAAUACUUGUAGGCAACGAUUUCCAAAACAAUGUGUAAUCGCUUUAAAACUAAUUUUAAUUUACAUUUAAUACUGUUUUCAUCCUAAGUCUUUGAAAUAAGCCACAUGCAAGUGCUCAAUGAGCUCAAUUGAGCUUACUGACUUGUACUGGACACUGCAGAUGUAGAACUGUAGGGUAGGUAGUUUCCAUGGAUCUCAACCUUUCUGGAUCUCAGUUUUCCUAGAAAUCAGGUAUCUUAAUAUGUCAUUUUCAUUUUAAGUUGUUGUAUCUAAAUAAAAGCUGAUUGGUUUAGCUCAUUAUUGUCAUGUUCAUAAAGCUGUAAAAUUUGAAAAAACAAUUUUGUAUUAAGCAUUAAACAAAGAUAUUUAACAGGCACUUUCCAACUUUCCACUCAUUUUAGUUGUCCCUGGCUCCCAGUUUUAUAAGAUAGCUCUGUUUUAGAGUUGAGGUAGGAGUGAGAUAGAUCAAGUUAACCUUGCUAACAUGUUGCUAGUAGGAGAUAAAGCUAGUUUCAGAACCAGGAUUGACUGUGGAUAUUCCAUAUAACCCCUUGAAAGUUCAAAGCUUAACAAGCUUGGGGACAAAAUUUCUAGCUCUGUGGAUGUAAAGGUGGAUUCUAGACCAUAGGCUAAAGAAAGAACCUUUAAUGAAAUAAAAGUUAUUUUAUUUCUUCAGAUGGGGUCAGUAUGACAGAAAUUUAAUUACAUUUCUUGCUUUAGGUGUGGAGAUUUUCUGCCGUAAAGAAUUUCCUUAUGGAAGAAGUAUUACAUUUUUUUUUCUAAUCAUGAAGAGCAAUUUGGAAAUUUAAAUUGUCUAUUGUCUAGUUAAUUUAUUCCAGUUGCCUCUAAGAAAUCAGACGGUAAAGAAGUCUUUUAAUUGGAUGUUGUAAUGAUUGUCUGAUUUGAACAGAAUUCAAGACAUUUUGUCUUUAAAAUAUACUGGCUCUUGGUGAAGAGAGUAAUUUCAAAAUAAGUCUUUAAGGAAGCAAAAGUUUUAAACAACAAAAGGUAAUAUAAUUUAUCAGACAAGUUAAAAGGGUAAUUUACAUUAUUUGUCAUGAAAUUAGAGUUUUAAAAAUAAUUUACAAAACCAUAACACACUCAAGUCCAUAGGCACUUGAUACAUGUAGAUCCACUCAACAUACAUCUGGAAUAUUUUAGAAUAAACAGAUUCUACUAAAGUAGGUAUUCUACUAAAUUAGUAUUAGGUACCAAAAUCUGUUUUAGUUACCUAAUAUGUACCUAAAAACAGUUUUAAAAAGUGCUAAGCUUUCCAGUAAUGUUACACUGUGGUCUUUUAAAUGGUUUAGUCACAAAUGGUAAAGUGUAUUUGUGAUGUUAAGACAAUAAUGCCUAAUCGUGAGGAUCAGUGAAAUUGUAUACUUUUAUACACCACUGUGGAAUUGGUGCCACCAUUCUACAGAGCAGUUUGACUAUAUCAAGAAUGUUUAUGUUCUUACUCUUCCCAGUAAUUGUAUUAAAGUUCAUCCUAAAGAAAUAGAAAUGUGCAUUAGACUUAUGAUCAAGGAUGGUCAUAAUAUCAAUGAACUUUAGUGAAUAGCAAUAAUGGAACAAAGGGUGGUACAUUCUGAGAAAGGAAAAUAAUGCAUCAUUAAAGAUACAUGUUUUUAUAAUAUGGGAAAAUAUUCAUGAAAUCUCAUACACCAUUAAAAAACAUUUCUGACUUUCCUUUGAAGGGUUAAGAUCCUAGGAAAGACGACAGGGGCAGUCACUGGCCUUAGCACCUAUUCAUAUCCCGGCUUUGUGAGUUCUAUGAUCCUAAGUUCCUCUGUCUCAGUACCUGUAUAAUAGCUGAAACUAUGUACUGUACCUACACCAUGGGGUGAAUGCAUGGAGGUUAAAUGAACGUGCUUACUGCACAACCUAAAUAAAUUUUUAGCGGUAAUAGUCUUUCUGCAUCUCUCAUUGUAGCGGAGAAUACAGAAAUAAAAAUUUAGAAAUGUGAUGAAUUAGCAAAGGGAAACCCCAUGAGACUCUGUAAGAGGGAUUUCACCUAAUCUGCCAACCUGCUUUGUCCAAGCACUUGGAUUUUGGUUGGGCUCCCGGAACCGGCGUGAACUGAGCUUUACCUUGCCUGUGAGCACGCAAAAGAUUCUGUUGGUGGGGUGGCGGCUUGGUGGGUUGUAUUUAUUCCAGGGCUGUUUUACUCGCCACACUCGCGGUCCACAAUACGCCCGUUUUAAAAUACGGACUCAAAAGCGUCCUUCCAUCCACCUUUCCCUUAGGCAACACGCAAAGCUUGGACCUGCCCCCACCCGGAGCAGAAAGUAAGGUGAGGCGCGGAGCAUGGUGGCGUCGGGGAAACGCGACCACUCGCUCCAUCCCUCUGCGGAUUCGUGUCACGAAAACUACAGUUCCCAGCAGGCUCCACGAGCUCUGGCUGCCCCUCAGACGGCGCCCGGCGGUUACGGCGGGGGACUGGUUUCUUCCGGGCUCGCCACAACCUUCUUCCUUCUCCUCCGCAAAACAGGCAGUUACCGGGUGCUGGAGCUUUCCCUCGAUUUCCGGAAAAGGCCGGUCGCCAGUGGAGUCAGUUUCCACGCAACACUGCGCGCUACUCCGGCCUGAAGGGCGGAGCAGCGGGACGCUAGGAACCUUGCGCUGAGUGACGACCUCGGUCACAUUUUACGGCCGUUCCUCUGGUCGGCGGCGGGGUACGGCGGCCGCGCACGCGCGGCAGGGGGCGUGAGGCUGCGCCCUGCCUGACGCGAUCGCAGUCUGCCGCGACGAACUGCCGGUAGGCUGCUGUGUGUGUGCCGCCGAGCCCACGGGGCGGGGACGCGGGGUGUGGAUGGGGGGUCGCUUUGACCUCGGCCUCAGCCAGUAGGACAGCCUCGGCCUCGCGGACGGAAAUGGUGCGCUGGGUGCGGACGAUGGGGGAGAAACUGAAGCAGCGGCUGCGGCUGGACGUGGGGCGCGAGAUCUGCCGCCAAUACCCGCUGUUUUGCUUCCUGCUGCUCUGCCUCAGCGCCGCCUCCCUGCUUCUUAACAGGUAACGCCACAGCGCGGAGCCUGGGCUGCUGCUUUUCUCCGAAGCUGCUGACGCCCGGCCCGUGCUGCUUCACCGUGUGGAGGUCGCGUAGCUGCGGGACUGGGGGCAGCUGGGGAGAGUGAGCUUUGCAGAGGAGCGGCCUCGGGGAGCUCGGCUGAGCGUCGGGCCCGGAAGCAAAGGCGGGUGGGGUGGGGUUGAUUGCCUCCUUUCCCGAGGCUUCAUCUUCUGAGCUACCUUCUUAUGCAUUUCUCAAAACGAGUCCUUCAUCGUCAGUGCUUUUCAAAAGUGAAAUCUGUGUAUCGUCUCCGAUUGAGACCGUACGGAGGCAGUCGAGUCUGCUGGCGGAGGAGGGUUCAAGGUCCAGUCCGCAAGCGCAAUUUUAGGCGGAAUCCGCACACCUCCAGCGCGUUCCUUCAUUCCACCCCCACCACCCCUUCAGCUUGCAGCUGAAACUUUUCCCUCAGUAUUGUUGAAUAAAACAGUCAUAACGAUUUGUUGGAUAGAAAUCACAAAGCAAAGUGGUACCCGUCUCAACAUCCCCAGAAUAUUCUUGAGGGGACCUGAUGACAAAAAAAGGAAAAACAAACAAACCCUGAAAUAUUACGAAAGGUUCAAGUUGGAAAAAUCUUUUGGAAGGUGCCGGAUGGUGUAUAUAGCAUGCUCUUCAGUGUAUACAUGUGAUUAAAAAAAAAACUAUACACACACACACACACACACACAAUGCUUAGAGUAUCUCUGAAGUGUUGUUAUACGAGAAAACGUGCCCUUCUGAGAUGAGGUAUAAUACUAGGUACAUCUAUUCUGAAAUAAACAAUUGUAGAUGAAAUUGAUCCUUGAACAGUGCAGAGAUUAGGACACUGACCCCUAUGAAGUAAAAAGUCUGAGUUGAACACCGUGAGAUCCAUACAAAGUACCACUAAUGUUGUUGGGAGUGCUCCCAAGAAGCAGAGAAAAGUAAUGAUAUUACAGAAAAAGCUGAAAUGCUUGAUAUGUACUAUUGAUUGAGAUUUGCAGCUGUGAUUACCUGCCAUUUCAAGAUAAAUAAAUCGAGUAUAAAGACCACUGUGAAAAAAGAAAAGGACAUUCAUGAAGCCAUUGCUACAACUAUGCCAGCAGGUGUGAAAACUGCACUUUUUGCAAAAUACCUUUUUAUCUUGUGCUGAAAAUUUAGCUUUUAUGUGGGGGCAGAAUUGCUAUGAGAAAGACAUAAGUAUAGACUAAUACUAUUCAAGAAAAGGUAAAGUCAUUCUAUAACAGCUUAAAGCAAAAGGAAGGAGAAGAAUAUAAAACUGGGUAAUUUAAUGCCAGCAAAGGAUAGCUUGAUAAUUUUAGGAAGAGGUCUGGCUUGAAAAAUGUCAAGCAAACCGAAGAAAGAGCCUCUGCUGACCAAGCAAGAGGCAGCAGAUGAGUUUCACACACCAUUAAGAAAAUCAUUGAGGAGAAAGUAUUAAAUAUAUCUUCCUGAAUGGCUGUUUUUAAUGAAUGCAAGUUUAUUAAGAAAGCAAAAGAAUAAAAGAAUGGCUACACCAUAGAACAGCCCUGAACAGGUUUUUACUGCAAUGAAAGUAACUUGGUUUGGAAAAAAUGCCACAAAGGACAUUUAUUAGUAAGGAAGAGAAGUGAGCACCAGGAUUUAAAGCAGGAAGGGAUAGGCUAAUUCUACUGUUUUAUGCAAAUGCAAUUGGGUUCCUUGUUUGUGAAUCGUCUAACCCCCAGCUUUGAAGGCAAAAGGUAAGUAUUAGCCUUUUGGUUGUACAAGAAGGCCUGGACAACAGGAAUCUUUCUGAAUUAAUUUCAUUGAUGUUUUGUCCCUGAAGUCAGGAAGUACCUUGCCAGCAAGCAAUCGCUUUUAAAGAUUCUUUUGAUAUCAGACUACCGCCCUGGACACCCAGAACCCCCUGAGUUUGACACUAAAGACAUCGAAGUGGUCUACUUUUCCCCAGACACAAUGUCUCUAAUUCAGCCUCUAAAUUCAGGGUGUCAUAAAGAUGUUUAAGGCUCAUUAUACGUGGUACUGUAUGGAUAGCUUUGUCAGUGCUGUGGAAGAGAACUCCAGUAGAGAGAACAUCAUGAAAGUUUGGAAGGAUCACACCAUUGAAGAUGCAGUCAUUAAAGCCUUAAAAGCUAUCAGGCUUGAAACAAUAAAUUAUUGAUGGAGAAAACUACACCCAGUUAUUGUGCAUAACCUCACAGGAUUUGCAGGAGAGCCAAUCAAGGAAAUCAUGAAAGAGAUUGUGGAUAUGACAAAAAAGUUUGAGUUUAGAGAGUUUCAGGAUAAGGAUCUUGGAGAAAUUCAAGAGCCAGUAGACAUCACACCAGAGGAAUUAACAGAAUACAGCUUGAUAAAGAUGAGUGCUUCAGAACUGGUGCUAGACAAUGAGGAAGGAGACUUAGAAGAAACAGUGCGGGGGGCUGAAUGCAGUGGCUCAUGCCUGUAAGCCCAGCACUUUGGGAGGCCAAGUUGGAUGGAUUGCUUGAGCCCAGGAGUUCAGGACAAGCCUGGGUAACAUGGUGAAACCCUGUUUCUACAAAAACAAAACAAAAAAAAAAACAGAAAAACUAGCUGGAUAUGGAUGUGCAUAUCUGUAGUCCCAGCUACUUGGAGGGUUGAGGUGGGGAGGAUCAAUUGAUCCUGGGAUGCAGUGAGCCAUGAUAGUACCUACCACUGCACUCUGGCUGGGAUAACAGAAUGAGACUCUAUCUCAAAAAAAAAAAAAAAUGCAGUGGUGCCAGAAAACAAAUUGACAGUAGACAAUCUGGCAGAAGGUUUUUGAUUAUCAAGACUGCUUUUGACUUCUUUUGUGACAUGGACCCUUCGAUUACUGGCACUGAAUCUAAAGCAAAUGGUGGAAUAAAGAUUAGUACUGUAUAAAAAUGUUUUUGGAGAAAUGAAAAAGCAAAAAGUUGGGCAGAAAUUAUGAUGUAUUUCCAUAAAGUUACAUUCAGUGUGCCUGCCUCUUGUGCAUCCCCUUCUAUCUCUUUUACCCUUGAAAUUCCUGAGACAGCAAGGUCAACCCCUCCUCUUCAGCCUACCCAAUGUGAAGAAAAUGAAGAUGAAGAUGUUUAUGAUGAUCCACUUCUACUUAAUAGUAUCUUCAUGUUUUAAUGAUCUUCUGGUCAUUUGUUGCUGGAGUUGUCACAUUCUACUGCUCACUAGGACCUAAUUCUCUCUUACCAAAUAUAUUCUUCACAAUAAAAUAUAAACCCAAGCAGUUAGGACUUCAGGAAUUAUUUCCUCAAGGUCAUAGCUGUGCUGUUUGUGGUAAAGUGAAAUGUAAACGACAUAGGCCUUCUUUGCUACUUGAAAACUAUCAGCCAUGGCUAGACCUGAAAAUUUCUUCCAAAGUUGAUGCAUCUCUCUCAGAGGUUCUUGAAUUAGUGUUGGAAAACUUUGUUUAUCCGUGGUACAGGGAUGUGACAGAUGAUGAAUCCUUUGUUGAUGAACUGAGAAUAACAUUGCGGUUUUUUGCAUCUGUCUUAAUAAGAAGGAUUCACAAGGUGGAUAUUCCAUCCAUUAUAACCAAGAAACUAUUAAAAGCAGCAAUGAAGCAUAUAGAAGUGAUAGUUAAAGCCAGACAGAAAGUAAAAAAUACAGAGUUUUUGCAGCAAGCUGCUUUAGAAGAAUAUGGUCCAGAGCUUCAUGUGGCUUUGAGAAGUCGAAGAGAUGAAUUACACUAUUUAAGGAAACUUACGGAACUGCUUUUUCCUUAUAUUUUGCCUCCUAAAGCAACAGAUUGCAGAUCUCUGACCUUACUUAUAAGAGAGAUCCUGUCUGGCUCUGUGUUCCUUCCUUCUUUGGAUUUCCUAGCUGAUCCAGAUACUGUGAAUCAUUUGCUUAUCAUCUUCAUAGAUGACAGUCCACCUGAAAAAGCAACUGAACCGGCUUCUCCUUUGGUUCCAUUCUUGCAGAAAUUUGCAGAACCUAGAAAUAAAAAGCCAUCUGUGCUGAAGUUAGAAUUGAAGCAAAUCAGAGAGCAACAAGAUCUUUUAUUUCGUUUUAUGAACUUUCUGAAACAAGAAGGAGCGGUACAUGUGUUGCAGUUUUGUUUGACUGUGGAGGAAUUUAAUGAUAGAAUUUUACGACCAGAAUUAUCAAAUGAUGAAAUGCUGUCUCUUCAUGAAGAAUUGCAGAAGAUUUAUAAAACAUACUGUUUGGAUGAAAGUAUCGAUAAAAUUAGAUUUGAUCCCUUCAUUGUAGAAGAGAUUCAAAGAAUUGCUGAAGGGCCAUACAUAGAUGUUGUGAAACUUCAAACUAUGAGAUGUCUUUUUGAAGCAUAUGAACAUGUUCUUUCCCUCUUGGAGAAUGUAUUUACCCCUAUGUUCUGCCAUAGUGAUGAGUAUUUUAGACAACUUUUAAGAGGUGCAGAAUCACCAACACGCAAUUCAAAAUUCAACAGAGGUAGCCUAAGUUUGGAUGAUUUUCGGAACACACAGAAAAGGGGAGAAUCAUUUGGAAUCAGCAGAAUAGGUAGCAAAAUUAAAGGAGUAUUCAAAAGUACCACAAUGGAGGGAGCUAUGUUGCCUAAUUAUGGUUUAGCUGAAGGUGAAGAUGAUUUUAUUGAAGAAGGUAUUGUUGUAAUGGAAGACGAUUCUCCAGUGGAGGCUGUGAGCACACCUAAUACUCCCCGAAACCUUGCUGCAUGGAAAAUUAGCAUUCCAUAUGUAGACUUUUUUGAGGAUCCCUCCUCUGAAAGGAAGGAGAAAAAAGAGAGAAUUCCUGUGUUUUGUAUUGAUGUUGAAAGAAAUGAUAGAAGAGCAGUUGGACACGAGCCUGAACACUGGUCUGUCUAUAGAAGAUACCUUGAAUUCUAUGUACUUGAAUCAAAAUUAACAGAAUUUCAUGGUACAUUUCCUGAUGCCCAGCUUCCUUCUAAGAGGAUUAUUGGACCCAAAAAUUAUGAAUUCUUAAAGUCAAAGAGGGAAGAGUUCCAGGAAUAUCUACAGAAACUUCUGCAGCAUCCAGAACUGAGUAAUAGUCAACUUCUGGCAGACUUUCUUUCCCCUAAUGGUGGGGAAACACAGUUUCAUGAUAAGAUACUACCAGAUGUAAAUCUUGUUUCGCUCUUGUUACCCAGUCUGGAGUGCAACGGUGCUAUCUCGGCUCACUGCAACCUCCGCCUCCUGGGUUCAGGCAAUUCUCCUGCCUCAGCCUCCCGAGUAGCUGGGAUUACAGGGAAAAUUAUAAAGUCUGUUCCUGGAAAACUAAUGAAAGAGAAAGGUCAGCAUUUGGAACCUUUUAUCAUGAAUUUCAUUAAUUCUUGUGAAUCUCCAAAGCCUAAACCAAGUAGACCAGAACUGACCAUUCUCAGCCCUACUUCAGAAAACAAUAAGAAGCUUUUCAAUGAUCUGUUUAAAAAUAAUGCAAACCGUGCUGAAAAUACAGAAAGAAAGCAAAAUCAGAAUUAUUUUAUGGAGGUGAUGACUGUAGAAGGAGUCUAUGACUACCUGAUGUAUGUAGGACGUGUAGUUUUCCAGGUUCCUGACUGGCUUCAUCAUCUCUUAAUGGGAACUCGAAUCCUCUUUAAAAACACCCUGGAAAUGUAUACUGAUUACUAUCUUCAGUGUAAACUAGAACAACUAUUUCAGGAACACCGUUUGGUCUCACUCAUAACACUUCUUCGAGAUGCUAUAUUCUGUGAAAACACUGAACCUCGCUCUCUCCAAGAUAAGCAGAAAGGAGCAAAACAGACUUUUGAAGAAAUGAUGAAUUACAUUCCAGAUCUGUUAGUCAAGUGUAUUGGUGAAGAAACCAAGUAUGAAAGCAUCAGACUUCUGUUUGAUGGCUUACAGCAGCCAGUACUCAACAAGCAGCUGACUUAUGUUUUAUUGGACAUUGUGAUACAAGAACUGUUUCCAGAGCUCAAUAAGAUCUCGCUCUGUCGCCAGGCUGGAGUGCACUGGUAUGAUCUCGGCUCACUGCAACCUCCGACUCCCUACUUCAAGUGAUUCUCCUGCCUUAACCUCCUAAGUAGCUGGGAUUUCAGGCAUAUGCCACCGUGCUCAGCUAAUUUUUGUAUUUUUUAGUCGGAUAGCGUUCCACCAUAUUGGCCAGGAUGGUGUGGAUCUCUUGACCUCUUGAUCCACCCACCUCGGCCUCCCAAAGUGCUGGAAUUACAGGCAUGAACCACCAUGCCUGGAAAAUUCAUUAUUUUCUGUCUUACUUUUUGAUUAAUCUUUUUGGUUGGAUGAAACAACUAUUGUUCAGUGCUGUGGUAUUGCAAUGAAGUGUCACUUUUGUAGAGAAGGGAAACCAGAUUUGGACUAUUCUACCUAUUAGAAACUUUCAAGUUAUGAUACUAAGUGCCUAUUAAAACAGAGUGGCAGUUACAGACUUUAUAAAGAUAUAAAAAAAACAGCAGGAAACCUUUAGCUCUCUUUGAGAUUUUAUAAGGUCUGUCAUUAAAUGUUGCCUCUUUUUCUCAUUUACAAAAUAGACAUUAUUUGUUCCAUAUGCCAGCCAAUUUCUUUUGGUUUACAAUAUAUGUAUGUCUUAGGUUAGAAUUUUAAUACGCUAGAGCUGUUAGGCAAUUCACAAAUGAACUCGUAUCUUAUUAUCUUCUAUUAAAUGGAUUUAUUUU